AUGCCUUCCGCUGUCAACCAGAACGGCCCGACCUACGUGCCCCAGCCCGCCCAUGCCGGCAAGACCAGCGACCCGGACUAUAGCAUCUGCGGUCCUCUCUUUGCCGCUGCUCAAAAGGGCGAGCUCGAGAAAAUCAAGCAGAUCCUCGACGCCGAGCCGAACAAGAUCGACGAGCAAUGCAAGAAACAUGACCUGUACACUCCGGUGAUCGUGGCCGCCGUCUCGGGCAAACUCGAGGCCGUAAAGCUGCUGUGCCAGCGACACGCCAAUGUCAAUCUCCGUGAUAGUAACAGCUACACUAUCAUCAAGUUGACUCUUGACAAAGGCCAUAGAGAUAUCGCCGACUGGCUUGUCGAGGCCUAUCCGGACAUGAUCAUCACCGAUCCGCGUCUUCCUAAGGGAAAGGAAUGGCUCAAAGCUCAGUUCUCCAAGAUGUCCAACAACAUCGAGGACGAGGCCAGCAAGCCGCCCCAGUCGGUGUUGGAUCAGCUUCUCUCAGGCAACCUGAAGCCCGAUACCGACCGCACCGUUUCGGAGGUCUACUGGGAGCAUAUCCUCCUUCGGUAUAUCGGUGAUAUCCCGUUAGAUAUUCAACGGAACUAUUCCAAGAAACUCAAAAUGGCUUUUUGCGGCACCUUUGAUCGCACCUUGCAGGGCCAUGAGGGCAUCAAGGAGUCUGCAAGGUUGCUGAAUAGUGUCUUGCCUACGACCCAGUACAAUAUCACUGGUACCCAUGUCGCUCCGAAGGGUCAGUGGGUGACGGAGCGGUGGGAGUAUCAUGAUUACGACCACAACCUGCAGGUUCUGGAUGGUAUUGAUACGUUCUUGAUUAAUGAGGAGAAGGGGAAGAUUGAGGUCAUGUUGAUCAAUUACAAUGUGUAUGAGUUGACGUGGAUUGAUGACCCGGAACGCCCACCUAAGAAGGCACAUAACUGA